UGGCACCAAAUUUUGUAGCGGCCAUCGGCGUCGUCGCCAUGGACCUGCCCAGCACGGUGAGAGUCAGCGCGGCCACGCGGGAGCUCAUCGAGAGGCGGGAGCUGUUGCAGGAGAAUCAACCUGUCGAUGUCACUAGACCCGAGCUGUUGCAGAGUCAUCCCCUUGGCUCCCGAUGCGAGGUUGCCCCUGGGGGUCGCCGCGGCGUGGUGCGCUUCGUGGGACGGCCCGGAGGCCUUCAGAUCUGUGUGGCCGUGGAGCUAGAUGAGAUGCAGGGCGAUGAUGUCCAACUGGGCGGUCGUUGGUUGGAUGGAGUGACAUACUUUGAGCCCUCGCGCGCUGAUGCCCCGGUGGUAUGGAAAGCUCCAAAAGAAGUGGUCUGCGGCGAUUUCCCCGAGUUGGAUCCAUUUGCGGACUUGUCCGGCUGAGCCGAGCGCGGCGACAGCUUUUUGGAGCCACCCAAGCUGCGAGUCCGUCGAUGAAAACGCUGUCCUUUCAGAUCGUUGGGCAAAA